AUGCUCUGUACAAACAGACCCGAGGGCUUCGGCCCAGCCUCCCACCUCAAUUCCUCAACCCUCCCCACAACUUGUUUCACAGACGUUAUCCUCAUUCCCCUUCCAACUUGGCUUGCUCUCGCCUUCGUACCUAUCCUCUUUGCUCUAGGGCAACACCACCGCAAAAUCAACUAUAACCCCUCCACCGCACACUUGCGCUCCAAUACCCGCUCCUCAUGUCUUUACCUCACCUUCCUCAUCAUUUACUACUUCCUCAUUUUUGCAAACAUCGCCAUGCUUACUCUCGAAAUCGUGCGGUUGACUAACCUUCACUAUGGCAUUGGUUUACUGCCAUUCGCCUACGCCGGAAUCCUUCUCUCGGCUGCUUUGUUUUGGAGUGAAGGGAUACAAAGACGUGUAAAGUGGUGGCAAGGAAUAAACAUGUUAGUUUGGGUAGGAGGAAUUAUCAUGAGUGCUGUGCAGGUUAUUGGAUUGAAACAACAAUAUGGCUACGAUGGGAGAAAGGAGAGCAAAUACCCAGUUAGCGACCAGAUUCUUGAUGUAGCUGUCAUGGCGGGUGUAUAUGCCGUCAUUGCGCUACUGGAGGUGGUGCUGGUAGUAUGGAGGAGAAAGAGAAGAACAUCAGCCAUGAGGUUGGAGAGAGGAGAAAUGGGUGCGUUUGAAUAUGGGAGAGGUGUAAGUGAGAGCUCUGGCAUGAAGGAGUAA